CGGAUGAAAUAACAUUUAAAAAGGACUCUAUUAAAAAACUAAUUAAUAUAUAAAUCGGUUGAAUCGAUUUCGUGGCUCAUCGAAACUUGUUAUCAUCGAUAAAUACUAUCAUUCAUUGAAACAAAUCAGCUGAGUACGCGCGUAAAUACUUCUAAAUUUGUGUGAUGCUGGGAUGAAAACAAAAAAUAAAAUUUAUAAAAAUCAUAUUAAGUGAAUCUCAGUAAAGAAAUGUCUGAAAAGGAAUCUGCUAAUGGUGCAAUCGCGUCACAAUCUGUUGAAUGCAUGCGAUUACGAGAAUUUAAGAACUUUCUGCGUGAGUUAGUGCGGGAGAGAGUAAAUAAUGCAACAAAUGCUGGAGAAACUACUCGUGCUUGCAUAUCUCGCAACAGCAACGAAACAUAUCCAGUGUAUUCUCAGGAAGUUUCUGCUGAAAUAAUUAUGACUGUAUGGAAUCAUCUACAGUUGAAGCGGUGUCCACGAUAUUUUCAAAUAUCCAUUCUGCGAGUCGUCGUCGCAGAAGUUGAACAGGGAUUUUCAAAUGCUAAGGAAUGUGAGUUCACUGUGAAAGGCAGUAAAGAUUCCAAUAUUUCAGGCGAUAAUGAAAUGGUGUAUGAUUUGGUAAAAUUACAAAAGUAUGUAGUGAAUAACUUGGAAAAAUUGCUAACACGUCUGAGCGAUAAUUCGGAAGUGGCAAACAUACCGAAUUACGCCGAUUCAGGAGAUUUGUGUCUAGACGGUACUAAAUGUAACUGCAAUACGGACGCCUCAACAGUAGCUUACACAACAGGUCAUAUAAAGAAUAAACCACGCAAAAUGGAGGAUCGUCAUACCUGUUUGGAACGUUUUAGCGAAUUAUAUCAAUUAAAGCCAACAUACAGUUUUUAUGGUGUAUUCGAUGGUCACUCCGGCCCAUUAGCGGCCAGUUACGCUGCAAGUCAACUUCCAUACUUACUAAGUGAAAGUUUACGAUCCAUUAGCAAUGAUCUUGAUGAUGUUACAGCAUACAGGGAAGCUUUUGAGCAUACUUUUUUACAGACAGAUAAAAUGUUCUCCCAAAAAGGAAUUUCCAGUGGGACAACGGCCGUUUGUGUGCUACUCGCGCAACGUACUCCACCGUCAUACGGACAUUUAUAUGUUGCAUGGGUAGGCGAUUCAAAAGCAUUACUUGUCAGUCCAACGGUAAGUUUACAACUAGUUAAAUCACAUAAACCAGAUGCGCCAGAUGAGCGUAAGAGAAUCGAAAUGGCCGAAGGUGGUGGUACUGUAAUGUAUGUCCAAGGGCAAUGGCGUGUAAAUGGCAUUUUAAAUGUAUCGCGUUCUAUUGGUGAUUAUUCUGUAACACCAGCGAUUGCAGAACCCGAUUUUGUGGACGUUUCCUUGACGGCGGCGCACGAUUUUAUCGUUUUGGGUACGGAUGGUUUAUUUGAUCAUGUGCCCGAAAAUACAAUAGUAGACACGAUUUAUAAACAAUUGGCGGACAAUGAACAAAAAAUAGAAAACAUUCCAAAAAAACUUAUAGAAUUAGCAAAAGAUGGAGACUCCCAAGACAAUAUUACUGUUGUCAUUGUAUUUCUAAAAAAUCGACUCGAUAUUGUUGAAAAUUUCCAAAAAUAUUGAAGUAAUAAGACAACAAAAUAAUGCAAGUAUAGACGCUAGCAAAGUUUUAGGGAUAUCAACUACAGCGAAUAUACAAUAUACAUACAUACAUACAAAUUUAAUGUAUCAUAUAGCGUACAUAUGUAUGUACAUACGUAGAUAACGUUACAUUAAUACGUAGAGGUUUUUUCUAUGUUUUCUUUAGUUUUCAAUAACAUUUUGAUGUUUAAGAAAUGCUAAAAUAUUAAUAUACUAUUCAUAUUUAGUAAAUAUAUGUAUGUAACGCAUUUCUGAAAUCGUUAUUGUUAAGAAAGAAAUUUUGGAAGAAACUUUUCUUAUUAAGUAACGAUGUAUAUGUAUUGUACAUGUUGUUAUGUUUUAUAAAAUAGCUACCACACUAGCAGAUUUUAAUUUUACACGAAAGUAUCCUCAAUUGCAAACGAAAAAAGUGCUUUAAUCCUUAGAACAUUUAACCAUAGCUUUUUGUUUUGUAAAUAUACUUUUUAUACGCUUUCAAAUGCUAAUAAUUAUCGCAAUAUUGAAUAUUUGUGCCUGCAGCAGAUUUGUGCGAAUUUGCAAUGAUUUCAGUGCUCAACACACACACCAUCAUUUUAUAGAAUGCGUUCGACAAAAGUUCAAAUUUUUAUGAAAACAAGUUUAUAUUUACACAAAUAAGUACAUAUAUACACAUAAAUAUAUAUAAAUUAUGCGUUGUAAUUUUGAUACAAACGCAACUUUAAACAAAAUAAUAAACCAUAUACUUACAUACAUAGUUAAGCAAAAUUAUAUUAAUUAAUAGCUUAUUGUAUUCAUAUAAAAAUACAGAAUUGUGAAAGGUUUUAAAUAUGAUUUUUACGUUAUUGUUAGCAGAUUAGAUUACAUACGACCUAAACAUGUAUUUGUAUGUGUGUUAAGUGCACAUUUUUAUCGCUUAUUAUAACGGCUAAAUGUUUGUUGUUUAUUGAAGUUUUCUGUUUACUAAAUCAAUCUUCGUUUUUUUUUUAAAUAGUAUUCGUAGUAAAUUGUUUUGU